UCUCUCUCUCUCUCUCUCUCUGUCUCUCUCUCCACCAUGAGUGAUCCUUACUCCAAUUUCUUUACAGGAUGGUACAAAUCAAACCCUUUUCUCCAUCAUCCUAAUUCAUCUUCCUCCACUUACCCUCCUCCUCCCUCCUUCUUCUUCCCUCACGGCGGCGCCGACAUCGGCGGAGGAGGAAUCUUUAACCAGCGGUUUCCACCGACAGCGCCGGCAUCGCCUCCUCUCCGGGAAACCCUAACCCUUCUCAGCCUCAGCCCCGCCAACAAACAGCAAGUCCAAGAACCUUCCACUUCCAUGGAUGUCGACUACGAAAAGUCAUCAUCGGAUCAACAUGACCCCCAUGAUGAUAAUGAUCAUGAUCGCCACGAUACUGCCAAUCUUGAUUAUGGAGACGUCACUGUGGCGCUUCACAUAGGGCUUCCAAGCCCUAGCGCCGAGGAGAUGGCCACUGUGCUUAUGAUGUCUUCAUCUUCUGAGAACAUCAACGAAAACAAGAAGGAUCUCGAGCAUCAUCCUCUCGGCGCCGGCGCCGGCGGCGAAGAGGGUGAAGACGAGUACGGCGGAGGGUGCAGAAUAAGCAGACUGAACAAGGGCCAAUAUUGGAUCCCGACACCUUCUCAGAUUCUGAUUGGACCAACCCAGUUCUCUUGUCCUGUUUGCUUCAAGACCUUCAACAGAUACAACAACAUGCAGAUGCACAUGUGGGGACAUGGAUCACAAUACAGAAAAGGGCCUGAAUCACUAAGAGGAACACAGCCAACGGGAAUGCUGAGGCUACCGUGCUACUGCUGCGCCCCGGGCUGUCGGAACAACGUGGACCAUCCGAGGGCAAAGCCGCUCAAGGAUUUCAGAACUCUUCAGACACAUUACAAGCGGAAACACGGCAUCAAGCCCUUCAUGUGUCGGAAAUGCGGCAAGGCUUUCGCCGUGAGAGGCGACUGGCGAACGCACGAGAAGAAUUGCGGUAAGCUUUGGUAUUGCCUUUGCGGGUCGGAUUUUAAGCACAAGAGAUCUCUCAAAGAUCACAUCAAGGCAUUCGGGAACGGUCAUGGAGCUUACGGCAUUGGUGGGUUUGAAGAGGACGAGGACGAGCCGGCUUCUGAGGUAGAACAGUUAGAUAAUGAUCACGAUGACUCUAUUCAGACAUCGUCCAAGUAGGCUAAGCAGUUAUAGUACAUAUAUAUAUGUAUAUAUAAAUAAACGCAAUUCAAAUGGACCAAGUUUUGUCGGAGGUAAAGUUU